AGUACCUCUGACGCAGGUCGCCAGCAUGGAGCACGGCUAUGGUGCCCAGGUCGCCAGCGUGGAGCACGGCUAUGGUGCCCAGGUCACCAGCGUGGAGCACGGCUAUGGCGCCCAGAUCGCCAGCGUGACGCACGGCUAUAACGUUCAGAUCGCCACUGUGGAGCACGGCUAUGGCGCCCAGGUCGCCAGCUUGGAGAACGGCUAUGCCGCCCAGGUCACCAGCGCGGAGCACGGCUAUGGCGCCCAUGUCGCCAGCGUGGAGCACGACUAUGGCGCCCAGGUCGCCAGCGUGGAGCACAGCUAUGGCACCCAGGUCGCCAGCGUGGAGCACGGAUAUGUCGCCCAGAUCGCAUGCGUGGAGCACGGCUAUUGCGCCCAGGUCGCCAGCAUGGAGCACGGCUAUGGUGCCCAGGUCGCCAGCUUGGAGCACGGCUAUGGCGCCCAGGUGGGCAGCGUGGAGCACGGCUAUGUCGCCCAGGUCGCCAGCGUGGAGCACGGCUAUGGCGCCCAGAUCGACAGCGUGGAGCACGGCUAUAACGUCCAGAUCACCAGCGUGGAGCACGGCUAUGGCGCCCAGGUCGCCAGCGUGGAGCACGGCUAUGGCGCCCAG